AUGGCAACGAAUGGAACUCUUCCCCACGGAACCGAGGCGGCGCUGGUCGUCUGGGUCAACUCUUUCCCCCUCACCAAUCAUGUGAAUUCGCUAAGCGAGAUGAAUGAUGGACAGGCUCUUUGGGAGAUGCUCCGCGAAAUACAUGCGGAGGCAUUUACAGGAGAAUUGCCAAGUAAGAAACAAUCCGCCUAUGCACGGCAGCAGAAUUUGCAGCACGUAUACGGGAAGAUAGCGUCACACCUAGACGAACAUGACGCAACUUUCACUAUCUUUACCGACGAUGAGUUGAGGGACAUGGCUGUCGAUGAGUCAAGCACUUCUAUUGCCAAAUUCCUGCAGCUAGUCCUCCAGGUGGUCAUCACUCCUCCAAAUGAAGCCAUCUUCCAAAAACUCCGAAUUUUGCCAGACCCCACUCCGCAAGUCAUUCUGAGACUUUGGCAAGAGACGAUGGACCAAGCUGAGGACGAAGAAGUGGACGAAAAUAGCGACAUGGGUUCCGGCCGAAGAAGUUCGAACAGCGGCUCUAAUCUCUCAUCAGCUCGAGUUAUUGAUCGGGAAUUGCGGCUCGAGCAACAUCUCGCCGAGCUCAAAUCACAGCUGGAUCGCUGCGAAGCUGAGGUCAAGGACUUGAAGGAAGCAAAGGAACAAACAGAUGAUGCAUACAAUCGGCUUUCAGAGAGUUACGACGCUGUCCGGAAGGAAAAUACCGAGAUCGAUAAGCAGCUGAAGAAGUUCACCGCAACGCACAACGAGAGGGAGCAGCGGUCAGUGAAGGAAUUGGAGACCAAGAUCUCACAACAAGAAGAAGUCAUUGGUCGCCAAGAAACCCAGAUCAAUGAAUAUCGAUCAAAAGAGGCAGAAAUGCAACGAAGAAUAAAGAAGCUUGAUGCGGCCGACGACAGACUACAAAAUCUUCGAGAUGACUUCGACGUGCAAAAAGUGGAAUUGGAGCAUCAGACAAGGAAAGCAAAUGCAGGUGAAAAGUACAAACAGAAGGUCCAAGCCAGUCAAAAUCUUGAGAAAGAGCGCGACUCUCUGCGCAAAGAGCUCAAUGAAGCUCGUUCUAGGCUUGAAGAGGCUGGGGAUCUCCGCAGGGGCAACGUGAAGCUUCAACAAGAGAAUCGCGAGAUCAGCCAGACGCUCUCUCGGAGUGAGAGGGACAAUACUGAACUAAGGGAGACAAAACAGGCAUAUCUUGGCGAAAUAAAUAGGCUCCAUCACGACUCGAAGUCGCUGCGGGACGCUCUGGCGCAGUCGCAAGACAGGAUAACAGACUUGGAGGAGAGAUUUGGAGGCCCGGAACGCCAUUCGUCAGUGGAUCAUACGCUCGAUUCCGAACUCGCCGAAGCCUUGAACCACGAACAGCAAAUGCAAGUUGCCAGUACUGUUCUACUGUGGACACGAGUACUGAUGAGUAGCAGGAAAAUCCGGAUUACCGAGCUCGAAAAGCUGGUCCGGCAGUUGAAGAGUGAUGCGAGUGACAGAGAUACUAAGCUCGCCAUGCUUCAAGGGCAGCUUGACAGUGCCCGAGAAGACUCAGCCGACCAAUACAAACAAGGUUUCGAAGUUCGCCAAGAGAUGUCUGUCCUCCAGUCUUCUCUCACAGAAGUCAGGCAGGGCCAUUCGAUCGAGGGGUCUGUAUCCGCCGUCCCACUUGUUGAUCUUGUGGCUUACGAUGUUAAAAGCACGGAGACAUUCAAAAGGAUGCGCGAACAAAUCAAGGCUCAGCAGAAGCAGUGCGCCCAUCUCGAAGAAAAGCUGUCAGCAGCACAAAAGGUCCUCGAGGCAGCAGAGAGUGAUCGUAUGUCGUCCUUCGAGAAUCAUUGCAUGUUGACAGAUCUGACCAUCGAACUCUUUGAAGGAGAACUCGUGGACAAACCGAAACUUCAAGUUAUCGAAGAGGUAAGGAUGCAAAACUCGCUAGCAAUGACGCAACUCCAGAGCGAGCAUGAUGCUUUACGAAAUCGACACAAUCGACUACAUGAGAUGUUCGUUGACCUAACGGAGGAGCGCAACGCCGCCUGGCACGACUCUCAUGAAGCUGUCAUGGCGAAGGCUGAAAGUGACAUGAAGGCCGACGCCGACAGCCAAACCCUCCAAGAAUCGACCGACCUCCUGCGGCAGGCUGGGACACUCGAUUCCAUUGACGAAAGUAAGGGCAUCAAAAUAUACGCAAGCAAGAUCGAGGAAAGCAGAGAACGGCUGGCAAAGGCCCAGAAGCACAUCGAAAAACAAGAUGCCCUUGUCAAAGACCUUGAGGCCCGUCUCGAGCAGACCAACGCCUCAGCGCAAAACAACGUGGAAGACGCCAAUAAACUACCAGCAACGAAGAAUGUUCCCACGUCCGCUGAACGCUCAUAUACGCAAAACCUCGAGCGUGAGAUCAAGCUCAUUGCGUCCGCGUAUCACGAUCUCGCAGGCCGGUUGCAGAUGAACAACGUCAUCUUGCAACGGAGAACAGAAGCUCCGAAGAGCUGGCUGGGUAGGCAGAGGAAGGCGAUGGAGGGGGUUGGGGGUCUUGUAAGGUAG